AUGAAAGCCAUCAAUAUUCCUUUGUGUCUUCUCAUUAUUCUUCUGUUGAUUCCCUUUAAGAUCACAUCUUCGCCUCGAACACAAGCUGAAGCUCUUGUAAAAUGGAAACAAAGCUUGUCUUUUUCGCCUUCUUCUUUGAAUUCAUGGUCCCUCACUAACUUCAACAACUUGUGUAACUGGACCGGGAUUGUCUGCAACAAUGUCACCGAUGAUACAGUCUUCGAAAUUGAUCUUUCCAACUUGAAUCUGACCGGGACACUAGCUCAGUUUGACAUCAUUCCUUUUAUCAAUAUCACUAGUUUUAAACUUACCAACAACAAUCUUAAUAGUUCAAUUCCUAUGGAGAUAGGCCUAUUAACAAACCUUCAAUAUCUGAGUCUUCACAACAACAGUCUUGGUGGAAUGAUUCCUUAUCAAUUGGGCAAUCUUCAAAACUUAAGGUACUUUGAUCUUGGAGCAAACUACUUGGAAUCUCCUGAUUGGUCUAGAUUUUCAGGCAUGUCAUCAUUAACUUAUAUUGAUCUUUAUUAUAAUAGCCUCACUUCAGAAUUUCCUAGCUUCAUAGCAAACUGUAGAAACUUGACUUUUCUAGACUUGUCAUUGAACACUUUGACUGGACAAAUCCCAGAAUGGCUAUAUACUAAUCUGGGGAAGCUUGAAACUCUGAAACUCAAUGAUAACCGAUUCAUAGGACUGCUGUCACCAAAAAUUUCUAAGCUUUUCAAACUCAAACACCUUAAUUUGGGAUCAAAUUUCUUAAAUGGUUCAAUAACUUUUCAAAUUGGUUUCAUACAUGGUCUUGAAAUUCUUGUUUUGUCCAAUAAUUCCUUUAGUGGAGAAAUUCCUUCUUCUAUAGGCCAACUCAAGGAGCUCACCAAACUUGACCUUCACAAGAAUUUAUUGAACUCUUCUAUUCCUUCUGAGCUUGGAUUUUGUAAUAAACUCACCUUCUUGGCCCUUGCUGAUAAUAAUCUCAAUGGUGAAUUGCCUUUGUCACUUUCCAAUUUGAACAAAAUCAGUGAAUUGGGUUUAUCAGGUAACCAACUUUCUGGCCAUCUUUCAUCUGUUAUGAUCUCAAAUUGGACAUCAUUAAUCUCAUUGCAACUUCAGUUCAAUAGAUUCAGUGGAGAAAUUCCAUUGACAAUUGGACUGUUGACACAUCUCAACUACCUUUACCUUAACCAAAACAAGUUUUCUGGUACAAUUCCCUCAGAGAUAGGCACCUUAAAGGAUCUAAUACACUUGGAUUUUUCUGUAAACCAUUUAUCAGGAACUAUCCCUCCCAAACUUGGUGAGCUUUCCAAUCUAAGCCUAUUAUCUUUAUACGAAAAUGACUUGUCUGGCUUGAUUCCUUUCGAGAUUGGAAACUUGAACAAACUUGUAUCGUUGGACCUCUCCGAAAACCAUCUCUCAGGUUCUAUUCCCUCAACAUUGUGCAACCUAAAUGGCCUUGUGUCUUUGCACCUUUUCAAGAACAACCUCAAUGGUACAAUCCCUUUGGAUAUCGGUAACAUGACAUCCUUGGUUUCCUUUCUUGUUGAUUUUAACAAAUUAUCCGGAGAGCUUCCACAUACAAUUUUUAAUCUUGGUAACUUGACAAGUUUGUCUCUGCAGUCCAAUAGUUUUUAUGGCGAAAUUCCAAGAGAUUUCGGGAAGAGAGAUUCGAAACUAAACUAUGCCAUCUUCAAUGACAACAACUUCUCUGGUGAAUUACCAAAAGAAAUAUGCAGUGCCCUCCCUAUAUUGGAAAAUCCACCAUCAAACACUAUAAGUUGUUCAGAAUUCUCUAAAGUAAAACAUUUCAGUAGCUCAAACCUUCCAACUGCACUGUGUGUUCCUUCUUAUCUCGAAUUAAUCUCUUUUGGUGGCAAUGAAUUUGUGGGAAAACUGCCAUUAGAGUGGGGAGACUGUAGAAACCUCACUACUUUACAAGUGGACAGAAACAAAAUCACUGGAAAAAUCCCACCUCAGCUUGGAAAUUUGACAAAGCUGCAUGUUUUGAAUCUCAGUUCAAAUGACUUGAGUGAUGAAAUUCCAAUUGAACUGGGGAAUCUAAACAAAUUGUACAAGCUUCAUCUCAGCAACAAUCGUUUGACUGGAAAAAUCCCACCAAGUCUAGCCAAGAUAAGUAGUGAGAUUGAAGAUCUUGAUCUCUCAGCCAACAAUUUGAGAGGGAACAUACCAAAUUGGCUUGGUAGCUGUGAAAGAUUACUUAGCUUGAACCUCAGCCACAAUAGUCUAUCAAGAGAAAUACCUUCAGAGCUUGGUAACUUGGUUUCGUUACAAUAUGUAUUGGAUCUCAGCAGCAAUAUUCUCUCUGGUGAAAUCCCUUCAAGCUUUUCAAAGUUUAUAAGGCUUCAAAGCUUCAAUGUCUCUCACAAUCAUCUCUCUGGUAGAAUCCCAGCUUCCUUUUCCAGGCUAAUAAGUCUACUUUCCAGCGAUUUUUCGUACAAUAACUUGGAAGGUUCAAUCCCAAUAGGACCAACAUUCCAAAACACAAGUGCAUUUGUUGGAAAUCAUGGUUUGUGUGGCGAUGCAUUAGGCCUCAUUCUCUGCAAAACAUCUACCAAGAAAAGUAACAAAGUUGUCUUUGUCAUCAUUGGUGUUGUUUGCAGCCUUGUAGCUCUUGCAGCUGCCAUAUUUUCAAUUCUUCUGUUAUGCCAUCGUAAACAAAAAGUGGCUGACCAUUCUCGAAAGAACACUGACAUAGCUCUCGAGUGUUUGAUAUGGGAAAAAGAAGGAAAACUCAGUUUUGCAGAAAUUGUGGAGGCCACAGAAGACUUCAACGACAAGUAUUCGAUUGGAAAAGGCGGUUAUGGUACUGUUUACAAGGCCACUUUGUGUUGUGGUCGCGCUCUUGCAGUAAAGCGGUUAGAAACAAGUGAUCAACAAACAGAACUAAACCAGAUAAUGAGCUUUGUGAGUGAAAUAAGAACUUUGACUGAAGUUAGACACAGGAACAUCAUCAAGUUCUACGGAUACUGCUCAAGCAAAGGCUCAAUGUACUUGGUAUAUCAGUAUGCAAAGAGAGGGAGUCUAGCUAGUGUGCUUUAUGAUUCGAAAAAGGGAGGUGUGGAACUUGAUUGGGAUGUAAGGUUGAGAAUUGUGGAAGGACUAGCUGCUGCAAUCUCAUACUUGCACCAUGAUUGCUCUCCACCAAUCCUACACCGCGAUGUGUCUUUGAACAAUGUGUUGCUCAAUCAGGAUUUUGUUCCAAAACUCUCUGACUUUGGCAUGGCUAGGCUGUUGAACCAUGACUCAUCAUCAAAUUGGACAAAUCUUGUUGGGUCCUAUGGCUACAUGGCACCAGGUAAUUAUAUGAAAAAUUGA